GCUUUGAACGCAUUCUUUGCGUUGUAUGCUCCGUGCUUAGCGAUCCGAUACUGCGCGAAGUGACCUCUGACCGGUGACCCAGUGAAGUGAUUGUGACAGUGUAGUGACCUAUGACUCAGUGAUUUACUUAACUUUUAAGAUAAGCGUACGCGCUACAGCGCGUUGCGCCAACACAGGGGCACGGUCAUUGUGUGUGGGGCACCAGCUAUUAGUGGGCACGGUCAGUGGGGUGCGGGUAGAGGGGGCAUGGGGCGCGAGGCGCGGGCGGGAUGGCGGUGAGCUGCCCCGAGGUGAUGUACGGCGCGUACUACCCCUACUUGUAUGGCCGCGGCGCCGCCAGAUCAUUCCACCACGCGCCGCACUUUCAGUACGAUCGGUUGAACGUCCAGAGUGCGACCAAUGCGGGGGACUACAGCGCGGCCGGCGCACUUAGUACGGGCUCGGCAUCCUCCGGUGCUCACUCGCCCGCCUCGCCGCCACAUGCUCAUGGGCUCCAUACGGCCCACACAGCUCAUGCAGCCCAUGCGGCCCAUACAUCACACGCGACUCACACGGCCCACCCAACUCACUCGGCCCAUUUGCACUCGCACCAUGCGCAUUCGCCAAGAUUGCGUACUAAGGAAGAGGAAGGACGAGCCAGCGCCGAUGGUGGUGGCUCAUCCGAGUCAGAUGGUGAAUGUGGGUCGAGUGGGCGUGCGCGUGCGCAGUACGUCAGCGCCAACUGCGUGGUCUUCACGCACUACUCAGGAGACGUUGCAGCCGUCGUCGACGAACACUUCGCUAGGGCCCUAUCUAUUGACAAACCAAAAGAAGGUGUGCCAAUGUCAUCGCGCAACCUACCCGCAUCGUUCUUCAACGCGGCGGCGUCGGCACCUUCGUGUUCAGGUCUUGAUCUCUACGAAUAUGACCCAUGGCAUCAACAUUAUGCUGGCUACGGUCACGCGGCUCACAGACACGCGGCAGAAUACCACGCAGCCGCAGCACACCACAACAUGGCGGCAGCAGGCUACGGCGGGCUGCUCCUCGGCCGGGGCUCCCUCCACGCGCAGUACAAGCCCGUGGAGUGGGGUCACGCGCACCACGCGCAGCAUCUCGACCCGGCUGCUUGCUCACCUUACUCCUAUCCGCCACCUGGCCUGGAAGCACAAGUGCAGGACACGUCUAAAGACCUCUACUGGUUCUGAGCGACUACGACUGGUCGCAAGUCGCAGCGGCUGAUCGCAGAUAAGUCGUUAGUGUGGUGAAGUGCGCGACAAAGUGAACUCUGAAGGCUGUAAAAGACAUUAGUUCUAGCUUUAGUUUUGUGUUGUGUUCUCGCAUUUGAUUAUAAUUUGCUAAUCGAACAUACGACUUAUUAACUUCUUCAUAGUAUCUCUAUUAAGAAAAUAUUGGGUUAUUAAAAACACUAAAAUACAUUUGAAAUACAUUUGAAAAAAGUAUUAUUGCGGGUAGUUGAGUAAGUAACUACGGCAAGUAUUUUUGAUACCGAUUUUUAUUUGCAAUAUUAAUAAUAUGUACCUAUAAGUGAAAAAUUUAAUAAACAUUAUACUUUAAACUCUAGUCAAGUCAAGACAUUGUUUCAAUUCAGCCUGUCAAAAAGGCACUUUAGAAAGUUAAAAGUAUUUGAAGAAUGUCUAGUUGUAUCCUCGAAGGUAGUUUCAUAUGCAGAACAGCAGGACUAGCAUGUUUCCAAGCAUUUUUAUAAAAUUAAAUAUUUUAUAUAAACCUUUAAUUUUUAAUAUGCUUGCAAAUAAACAAAAGAAGAUCAUUAAACCACAAACAGUAUUUACUUAUUUCGACGCACAAAUAGAAAAAGUGUGUUCAUAUACACGGUUUACAAGACACUGAGGUAUGAAACAUUAACAAUUAUAGUAAUGUAACGGCGAGAAAAUCCCUAAGAUACAGGUGUUAGUGUAUUCAAAACUAGUGCAUCUAUCCAACUUUUGCCCUAACUAUAAUAUUUGUUAACAACAAAAUCCAUACUGCCAGUAUUUCCUGUAUACACACACGUCGGGCUCUGGAGUCAUCAAGUCUACUAGAUAAAAGUCAGUAUUACUGCACAAAACCAAUGACUUCUAUUUUUAGAGUACAGUAAUUCUAGUUGAUUUUAUUAUAUCUAACAAUUAUUUUGCCAGUAAAAAAAUUAACUAUUAACUUUCUUCUUUCUAUAGUCGCGAUGAAGGUCGCGUUAGUGAUGAUACUCCUUUUCUUCGGCAAUACUUAGCUCCUGAAAGUACCUUAACUUUGUUGAUCCAGAGAGUAGAAGAUCGCCGGUUUACUCUGCCGGUCACCACAAGCUUCUCCAAGUAUUCGGGACCUCUGCGUGUUAUAUGUCCAGGUCAGGAUCCAUGGGUUACCAAAUUUGUUAAUGGUUGUAAUAUUAACACUUUACCUAACACUAACAAUCGUUAUAAUGACAUUCAUAAUAAUAGUUCCUCUAAUUCCCGUUAGAUGUCGCGUAGAACAAAGAUGUGGUAAGAGUCAAACUUAGCGCAAAGUGUGGUUUCUAAUUCCUACGCUUUGUUAUUGACUCCUGUACUGUAACAGUUUAUACCAAAAUCCUCUCUUUUAUUUGUUAAUGUUGUUUUCAAUAAGUUAUACGUCUAACAUAAUUCUUAAUACCUUCAAUAAACCAUGCAAACCUAUUGCCACCAUUGAUUAUACUUACGGCUCGUUAUUGCAACUAAUAUUUAAAUAUAGGAUUCGAAGAAACGUUUAUUCGAACAAUAAAAUCCCGUAAAUCUGUUAUUAAAGUGCAACAGAAAAAAUCUUUACAAAAAGUAUUUCGACGCAACCAAAUCGUCCAAUAGGUAUAAGAAAACUAAAAUACAGAGACAUAUUUUAAAAUCGUUUUUGGUCGUUACAAACAUAAACUGAGGUAAUUACAAUACAAUGGCUCGGCCAGGUGGUGGUCAAGCGGUCAGAGGGUCGCCGGUUCGAUUCCCGAUUCUUUUUGCGAAUUGACAGCUCGAUGAAUAAAAUAGUAGGAGCAGGUGGGCACGCGACUGUCACCUUUCACCAUUGGAGCGUGGAACUGGAUACCAAGUAUCUUUUAAGAGGAUUAAACGAUCAAAUAUAUGUACUUGUAUACUGGAUUAAAAUCGCGAAUUUGGAUUUACCAACUAAAAUGAGAUGUUAAUGUAUAGCCGUACUCAAAAACGAUUAGGUACUUAAGCAACAAAAUAAAGGUUGAUAAAUGUAGUCAUAAUAGAUACAAUCAGAAAGUUUUAAGAAGCUUAAAUCAAUCAAUUAAUCGGACAUUUAGUAAAGAAAUUAAGCUAAAUUUAAGUCAGUAAACAAUAAAACAUUUCAUACGCUUGGAAUUCCAGGAUAUUGUUUAAGAGCUUUAAAUUUGAUCUAAUGCGAGAACAAGUGUAAUACAGCUAAUGCGGUAGAUAUAGACAUAUGUAAAUAUAUAUACCUGAUAUACAUCUAAGCUAGUCUAGUGUAUAUAGAUAAGAUUAGUUAGAUAAUGGCGGACCGGCGUAUCAUACAAUUAUUUCCGUUUGAGCCAAGAUCUGGGGUCCACCAUAAUACAUGCUGUACAGAGCAGGUCAAUAGAGAAACUUGGCAUGUUUUCAUUUCCAGAUUUUGCUACACAUCCGUUGACCAUGACCAUGGUUUUAAUUAAUUCAUAGAAUGAUUUAGACAAUAGAGAAUUCAGUUAUUGACUCGCGCUUAUUCGUUUAUGGUACAACCCAGUCUUUUGCCUUUGCUGCGUCUUUAAUAGACGCUUGGCGAUAAAUAUAUGUGUGGCUAAUUAUUCAGAAUUAUACCGAUCACCUGAUGUAAUACAUAUACAGUUAAGUAGUUAUACCACGUAAUAUUAUGAAUGUGCAAUAAAUGUAUAUACCUACCAUAUAACAGUUGGUUCUCGCUUAGCCCGCAAGUAUUAAAACUUUUGUAAUUUCGUUGUUAUUAGUUGUCACAAAUAAUAAUUGUUCAAGACAAAAUCUAGUCUUAUGAAGGACUCCAUAAAGUGUCAAUCAUAACGACCAAUUCUUCAUCUUAAGGAAUAAUUAAUGUGUUUCUGUCAAAUUGUGUUUACGCUGUGGUGACAACAGUAUUCGCCAGUAGUCUGUUUGAUUAUACCUACUGAUUUAGUUUUUAUGAGUAAAUUGGAUUAUGGGUGGUGGAGGACAAUGGCGCGUGUACAGUAGCAAAAAGCCUAAAUAAGUCUCCAUUAUAACUCAAAUAACAUGUCACUAUCGAGUAAACGAAAACUAUCACGUAUCUCGAGAAUUAUGACACCAUAGAAUUGUGUACUUUCGCAGCUCAGUAUUAUGGUUUAUAUUUUCUUGUAAUGCCACUUGUCAAUUGUUGCUGUCAUUUAAAAGACUACCUAAAAUUAAUGGAUUAGUUUUAUUUCCUAGAGGCUAUAGUUUUCGUCCACUCGAUAUGUGUAUUCUGUGAAUUUUUCUCGAAUAAACAAAUAUAAUAUAUGAAUUCAUUUUUAUCAUUUGUAUACAGUACCUUUAUCUCUUGAGAUAUUCCGCAAUUAACUGUUAACGAAAACUAUAUAGAGCUACAUAUAAAUAUUUAGUUAUAUAUAUAAUAUAACUAAAGAAAGGACUUUCUGUAUUGUCUAUUGUCUGUCCUUUAGAAAUUUGUAAUAUAUGUAUAUCAAUGUUUAUCAAUGUAUAUGCAAUUUGUUAAAUCGUGCCGACAUAUAAAUAUAUAUAUCUGUAUUAUAAUCGCAUUGUAUUUGUUAAAGCUUCAACGAGCGGGCUCAAUAAAUCUAAUAUGAAAAACUGA